UCUGUUUCUUCAGUGUGGCUUUUGUUCAUGGUUUCCCCCAGUUCAAGCAAUGGCCUGUCGAUCAAGACCUAUGUGUCCGCCCACUUCACCCUUCCCUCUGCCGCAGCUGGCCAGGCCGCCUGGCAGCAGCAGUGCUUCGUCUGCAAUCUGUAGUGGGGAAGCUGAGAGAGCUGCGCCUUUAAUUCGUUUAUUCAAGAAGAGCACAUGAAUCCUUGGUUAAAAAAGCGGAUAGAGUAAAGGUAAGCUCCAUAAAACGAAAUAUCAGCCAGGGAAUGUGCUGGGGGUAACUAUUUAAACGGUAAUUCUGUUCUUUAAAAAUAAGUAGUCUUGAAUGUGUUGCAAAUGCGCGGCCGAUUUCGAACGCAGUUGGUCAAUGCGGAAGUUCACGAGCAAAAUGUAUUGCUGUGUUACAUAGCUAUGUUACAUUGUACGGCUGGUUACAUGUCGGCACACUGAUUUGCGCUAUGAUGUGCGCCAUUAAGAAGUGGUCUUUCAGGAUACAUGUUACUAGUGUUAGCGAGCAGAAGUUAACGCGAAUAGCUACAUAGUAUAUUCAAAAUGGCUUCCUUUUUGUCGCUUCCCUUUCCCUCUAGCCUCCAAUAAUGUUUGAGUCUGGAAAGUAAGUGAAGUCAAAAAGGUACAACUCAUAACAUUUUAUAUAAAACAUAUACCUCGGCGAUUCUUUAUUUGUAAUUUUUUUACUGAUAGAACUACAUGUAGUUUGAACCGUAGCGCUAUUUGUCAUCGUCCGGCGAUAAAUGCGGCGUUAUGACCACGUCAGUACGGUGGGGGGAAGGUAGGAGUACAUUACCUGGGUGGAGCUUCCACAGGAGAAAGAUGUUGGCUUUCCUUGUGGGUCUGUAUUUUUCUGGAUGUUUAGAUCACAGCCACACAGACGUUUUAAAAGUUUAACUAAGCUCUAAUUGUUUUUGACUGAUAUUUCAUGGCUAAAAUAAGUAUUUUGGAACCCUAGUAAAAAAUAGUAUGGAUUUAACCAUCCUAUUUGAUUGCUAUUGGUGGUUUGAACACUUGUGAAUUAUUAAAAAAAUUAAAUACAUCUAUGAAUAAUAUAUAAGACCAUUUUUGUCUAUUAGGAUUUCUAUCAAAAUAUAAUAAUACGAAAGGAGAUUAAUAGUACAAUAAAACAUAAGAUUCAUACUAAAAUUCAAUCCAGUACAAUGGGCCGAAAUCUUGAUAGAAAUCCUAUAGGAUUUUUGACUUUGAAAAUCACAGACAGGGAUGUAGUUAAUGUCCCAGUCUGGUGGUAAAUCUUGUUCUAGUCCAUUUUUGUGCCCCAAAAAAAUGUUUGUUUGAUGAAGCUUCAGUGCUUCACUUUGCUAAAUUCUUCUAUCCCUUUCAGAUUGGAAUUGCGGGAUUGUUGCGGUAUUCCUUCUAAAUACAAAAAAAUGUUGAAACAUAAAUGUUUGCGCCUUUUCAUACUCCAUUUGCGCUAGACAGGAAUUCUGAGACGUGCAAUAACCACAGUCCAUUCAGAGAUGUAGCCCAGAGUUUGGGGCUGAUAGAGUUGACUGACAUUCAUUGGCUUGCUAAUCAUAUAUAUUAUUAUUAUUUGGUAUUAUGUACUAUUAACUGAAAUAGAACAACAAUGUUUGUACUACUGAUGGCUGCGGCAUAAAUAACUAUUACUUAUUUUCUGGCCUUUAAUAUGAAAACAUGUAUUAUUACAUAGUUUUGUAUUAACAUUUGUAGUUAGCUAUGCAUUUUAACCGCAGACUUUAUGAAUAUGUAAUAUUAUUAUCCUUGAAUUGUUCUUGUGCAUGCAGUUAGCUACCAUUUGUUUUGCCUAACUAACCUAAAUAGCAUUUAUUAUUAUGUGUUUUGGUAUUAUCUUAUAUAUAUAUAAAUACAUUUAAAUAACUAUCUAGCUAUGUACAUAUGAGGAAAAUAUAAUGACUUUUGCCACUGCACAAGCUUUUAACAUUACGUUUACCUUGUUGGCUUAGAUUUUCAAAUGUUUCAACUGCUGGCUAAUGACACGUUGGCUUAAUAACUAUCUACUACUUCUGGGCAUGUAUUAUUACACAGUUUGGUGUUAACUAUGAUUUUUUUGUAGAGAGCCAAAGGGAACAAAAUUCUGUCAAAGAACAGCCUGUUCAAGUUGAUUUCUGUGUACGUACAGUAUACAAGGUUUAUUUAUACACAUGUGAAUUGAACAUUUGUUUUUUUUGCAUAUUCUACAUUGCCCAAGGCAACCUUCUAGACUGUAUUGACAACCAGGGGAUCAACAAUUUUUUUGCAAGUAGGCUUAAGUGCCUUCCUCAAACUUUUGGUCACUGGCCAAACAGCCUUAACAGCAGGGCUAUCUGCCAUUGUUAUUAAUGCUAAUAUCAGUUUAGGCAUAUGUUAUUUGCCAAUGUAACAAGCCAGGAGGAAGACACAGUGCACAUUUGUAUACCUUGCUUGAAACCACUGAAGAUAAUAAAUGUAAUUUUAGUGGAUUUGUGUCAGUGUAGUUUACAUUCAUUUCUGUUGAAUUAAAGUGAUUGCCUGACGUCAAAAUACUAGAUACUCAUUAGCUAAGCUAUUGGAUCAAUAACUACUAUGCUCUAAGGCUCAUUACAAAAUUCUAUUAAACAGACACACAUUCCUUUUCAAACUUUUCAGUACAUUUUUGACUUCUUGGAGUUGGUCACAGCAAAGCAAAUCCCUGAAAACCCAGCUGACCAUGCCUACAAGAAACAUUUUCCCUGAAAAAGUACAGUUUGUUACUUAAGUGUGGCGUACAAAUAUUAAGUAGACCUAAACACUGUUACCAAUCCACUGCAAGCAGUUUGAAAGUCAGUCAUGUUUGAGUUUUGAUUUGAAAUACCAGAGGUAAUUGGGAGUUGACUAACUUAAGUUUUUAGUUAUGCUGCAGAGGAUGUCAGCUUGUAUUCUGGUCUGUCUCUACAGUGCGGUGAUGUCAUUCUUGUGUCAGGUAGGCAGAUCUACCCCCAAUGUUAUGUUUUAUCCGUUUAGCUAACAGUUAUUACAUUUUUUCUGUGGUCUUUUUGACUAUCAAAUAAAUCAUCACCAUUUGCAUAAAGAUUCCACACCUUCAAUAUUAAAUACUUUUUUGCAUUAUGUAUGUGUUUGUUGUUGUUUUUUUUUGCCUGCAACUAACAGUUUGGUGUACAAAAUGAUGCAUACUGCACCUCGCUCUUCCUGAAGCUUCAGCAACCUUCAGGUUCAUACACAAUGCAAUGUGGCACACACAAUUUGCAUUGAGGGUAUAGCAGGCAUUUGUAGCUGCUCAUAGCCUUUCACAAAUCUUUGGCACCUGGUCUCAGUAGCCGAGUGUUAGUGUGUUAGUGUAUCCCCUCUUCCCCUGUUUUGCGCACACACACACACACACACAUCACCCAUUGACGUUGGAUGUAAUGUGCAUUGAUGUGCUGGUUACUGUCAUGUGUUCUCCCUGCUCUAGAUGCAUGUUUGUCACUAAGGCUCCCACAGCGCUGGUUGGCUGGCCACCAUAGGGUCGAGGCAAGUGUUAAGCACUCCCCUCAGUACUAGAUGUAUGCACAAAGUGGUGUUUAACCAUUUUCUGUGUGUGUGUCUGUCAUUUUGUAUUUACUCAGCAUUGUUUAGUAUAACAAAUGCUUGCAUCUGAUUGGGGUCUCUUUUUUUAAUUUUUUUUCCGGACUAUGCUUGAAUUGUCAGAGGUCCGAUUUCCACAUCUUCAUUUUUUAUUUUUUUGCUUUCUUGCCAAUGGCUCCAGCAAGUCUGUUCAUAUUUAAUUCAGAAAUAUGUACUUUUGAUAAUAAUUUAUCAAUACUGACACUGGUGGAAAAAAAUAUUGAUAAUUUAACUAAAGAAUUGUCCUUUGAUAAUCCUGGUACAAGGUUGAAGGUGCACUAUUUUGUCUGUAAACAUAUAUGUAUUUUUGAAUCCCUUUGUCUUAACAGGCAUUUACAAAAAUGUAAUGUUGGAAGAUGUGCUCAAUGGACGUUGGCGCCGAUAAUCAACAAAUCCUCUCAGUUCAAAUAAUGCCCUUCUGUCAUUGUUCCUCCUACUGUUUCACCCAAACAACUGUUGCACACAAACAAGCUUUGAGUUUACUACCCGUUUGAAGACUGGAAGGCUAGAGUGUUCUCCAAUCCCAGGGAUUAUGGUAGCAGGCUGUACCGUUUCAUCAGUGUGGUGAUCUAAGUCGGAUGUUCCACUCAGCAGGCACCUUACAGGUCUGCCUGAUAAGACCUGAAAGAAAUUUAAGAACAGAAGCAGUUGUUCAUUAACGUGCUGAAGCAAUGAGCAAAAGAGGAAGCCGCCUCGUUCAUAUGCCCGUGCAACGUCGUAGGAAAGGACCAACAUGUACUCCAAAGGCACCAAGCGUAAGUUCUCUGGCAGCGCGGACACAGCGACGGACGAUAAGGCCAUGGCGGCAUCUUAUAGCCUGCAGCGCCAGUCUCUGCUGGACAUGUCCCUGAUAAAGCUGCAGCUGUGCCACAUGCUGGUGGAGCCCAACCUGUGCCGUUCGGUGCUCAUCGCCAACACGGUGCGUCAGAUCCAGGAGGAAAUGACCCACGACGGCAGCUGGCAGGUGGUAACCGAGGCUUUUAGUAGCCCCAGCCAUGGGCCAUCUGACCGCCUGGUGGCCACUGAGGUUCUGUGCCGGUCGCCGGUGCUGGAGCAGCAGGGCGGCGGACCGAAGCUCUACUCGGUGAUGGGCUACAACGGUUGCCGUGAGGAGGAAGUGGUGACAGACAAGGCAUUAUGUUCUGUGGCUGUUGGCGACGGGGCCCCGGCACUUUUGUUGGGGACCAUUGGCCACUGCUGGGACAGGGCGGAACUGAGAGUGGCGGAAGUAGAGGCAGGGGUCAGCGAAGACUCUUUGUCAGGUUCGGGGGAUGAGGAGGAAACGAGGUGUAGGGAGGGGACUAAACUGGCAACAGGGCAAGUGUUCGGGAUGUUCGAGAUCAAGAACAGCCCCCCUGGGUCAGACCCGGCACUCGAGGAGCUGUUCUCUGACGUUGAUGCCUCAUAUUAUGACUUGGACACCAUGCUCACAGGCAUACAGAGCACCCCCAAGAUGGGGCCUUAUGACCUUCUGGACAGCCUGGCCUCCUCACACGGUCCCACGUCCAACUCCACCUGUAGAGCCGAUCUCAAUGAACUAGACCACAUUAUGGAGAUCAUUGUGGGCUCAUAGCUUAGACUCAAAACUGAAAGACUCCUCUGUUGAACUUGUGCCACUGCCUUUUUUUGUCUUGUAUGUGUGAACAUACAUUAUUUACAUACGGCAAUCUUUAUGGUAACUGUGUGAAGUCCAUCUAUGUGCAAUGAAAUGUUGAUCUGAAAAGGUUCACGAUUUCUCAAGUUCACCAUAGUUCCAAGUUCACCAUAAUAAUUUCUUAUAUUUGUUUUGUAUUUGAAUGUGUACUCUCUUCUGUUGUAAUUUUCAUGUAGUUGUUGGUUUAAUUUAUUGUACUUAUUACACUACAUGAAUUCAAAGCAGCACACCAUAUUCACAUGAAUUAUACAUAUGUUCUUUAAAAAAAUAAUGUAUAUAAAUAUACAAGUAUAUAUUUUGUACUAUAGAGACCGUCUGAGAAUUGUUCCAGUCUGUCUGUUUCCCCCCUAUAUUUCUAUCUUUGGUUGUGUCCUUGAGCUACAAAGGCAAAGAGGCAUUGUCAAAAACAUAAAUUCUGUUGUCUGCUCACAAUGUGAUGCACCUGUGUUUUUUCUAUGGUUUGAUGCUAUAUGCACCAUGUACAGUAUUCUUUAAAAACACAUUGCCUUCUUGAGCCAUAUAAUCCUUUCUCGCUGUCACCUACCAUAUGUUGCCAUUUGUUUGCUAUUAGAAGUCAGUCACAUAUGUUCUUUUUUUGUCUCCUUACAAGUGAAGAAUUAUAAUGGGUCAUCGUGUUAUGUUAUGGCUUUUAAGUUAUUUUAUUUAUUAGAUGCAAACGUGGGUGUUAAACCUGGCAAUACUUAAGGUUGCAGAAGCUUUUUAGUUUUCAAACAUGAAUUGGUAUUUGGAUUCAUGACUUUCUAUGCAUGCUUACCAAAGUGACUCUAAUUCAAAACAAAAACUGAGAACAUGCAAAGAAUUGUGCUAUUCAGGUGGCCUAUUCAAACAACAACUAAUAUAUUUUACCAUGUUUCAAGUGUGCACUUAGGCACAAUAUACUAUUGUCAGUAAACCCAUGAUUGCUGAUUAAACAAGCCAUGAGGUGGGAAAUAUUGCAUUUCUAUUUUAUAAAUACCGGUAAGUACUGUACAUUUGUGACCAUGCGCUAGAUUAGAUUAUGCAUUUUUGAUAAAAAUUUAACUAGAAGUUUAUACCAUUUUUAAUAAAAGUUACAACAUACUGUA